UGAAAUGGACAGCUGUGUGUUUAAGUUCUUGAUGCUGUAAAGCAAAUACUCCUGGGAGGAGGAAGAAAGCGAUGACAAGGAAAUAAAUUGAGAAAGCAUGUGGGAAAAGUCUGAUGUUCAGGCAUAAAGGAGCAGACUAAGAAAGAACGAUGGAGAAAGAGGAAUGGGAUGUGGAAGUCCUCUGCAUAAAGCCUUUAUCCUCACUUCUGAGACUUAUGUUUCAGGAUAGCAAUGUUCCAAACCACUGGUGUAGAAUUUUUGCUCCAGCACAUCUGUAAUGUUAAGCCACCUCCCAGCACCUCAGCCACGUUCUGAAACCAGUCUUUGGCCCCAGGAUAAAUACUGGAGAAGUUCCGAGACUGUUUUCUGGAGCCUUUUAGCCCCAGUGAGCUUGAUGAACGUCUGAGAUCCCAGACAUUUCACAGCUACCUGGAGGACAUCAUCAACUACCGUUGGGAGCUGGAGGAGGGGAAACCCAACCCUCUGCGAGAAUCCACCUUCCAGGAGCUACCACUGCGCACACGAGUCGAGAUCCUGCACCGCCUCUGUGACUACCGGCUCGAUGCAGAUGAUGUUUUUGACCUCCUCAAGGGCUUGGACGCUGACAGCCUCCGUGUGGAGCCGUUGGGUGAAGACAGCAGCGGGGCUCUGUACUGGUAUUUCUAUGGCACACGGAUGUACAAGGAAGACCCAGUGCAGGCGAAAACCAACGGGGAGCUGGCUCCAGACAGGGGAUGUGGGGGACAGACAAAUACCCCAAACGUUCCUGGGAAAACAGGCAAGAGACGAGGACGACCCCCAAAGCGGAAAAAACUACUGGAGGAAAAUUUGCUGAGGGAGAAGGCAGAAGAGAACUUGCUAAUCCGCGAGACUCAGAUAAGAAAUGGGUCCCAAGGGCCAGGCCGUGGGACAUGGUGGCUGCUGUGCCAGACGGAAGAGGAAUGGAGGCAGGUCACUGAGAGCUUCAGAGAGAGGACUUCCCUUAGAGAGCGGCAGCUCUACAAACUCUUGAGUGAAGACUUCCUGCCAGAGAUCUGCAACAUGAUUGCACAGAAGGAGAAGCGUCUACAGCGGACAGAGUUUUCUCCCAGGUGGAUGUCUGACCAUCAGCCCAUCAAACCAAUCAAGCAGGAGGUAAACCCAAAUGUGCUCAGUUCAAUGGAGAAGCAGAGGCGCAGAGAGGAAGAAGAGGAGCGUCAAAUCCUUAUAGCAGUGCAGAAAAGGGAGCAGGAGCAGCUGCUAAAGGAGGAGAGAAAGAGAGAAAUGGAGGAGAAGGUCAAAGCAGUGGAAGAACGAGCCAGGAGGAGGAAGCUUCGUGAAGAGCGGGCCUGGCUGCUGGCACAGGGAAAGGAGCUCCCUCCUGAGCUUUCCCACUUGGAUCCCAGUUCCCCUACCAGGGAAGAGAGAAGGACCAAGGAUCUUUUUGAACUGGAUGAUGAGUUCACAGCCAUGUACAAAGUCCUAGAUGUGGUAAAGGCUCACAAGGAUUCCUGGCCUUUCUUGGAACCUGUUGAUGAAUCGUAUGCCCCCAACUACUACCAGAUCAUUAAGGCCCCCAUGGACAUCUCUAGCAUGGAGAAGAAGUUGAAUGGAGGUCAGUACUGCACCAAGGAGGAAUUUGUGGGCGAUAUGAAGACCAUGUUCAGGAACUGUCUUAAGUACAAUGGUGAAGGCAGUGAAUAUACCAAGAUGGCUUACAAUUUGGAGAGGUGUUUCCACCGAGCAAUGAUGAAGCACUUCCCUGGGGAAGAUGGAGACACAGAUGACGAAUUCUGGAUCAGAGAAGAUGGGAGGCGGGAGAAGAGGAGCCGGCGGACUGGCCGCUCCAGUGGUGGCAAUGUUUGGACUCGGUCACGAGACUCAGAGGGACCAGGCAAAAGGCAACAGCGCCUAGAAAAUGGAGGGAAACCUCCACCAUAUCGAGCUACUUCUAGGGCUCCUGCUUCUUCCUCUUCUUCCUCGUCCUCCUCCUUCUCCUCAUCCUCUGCAGAAGAUCCAAGUGGAAACUCCAUGCAGCCUCCUCGAGAAGUGGGCCCUUCCAAUGGGAGAGGUUUCCCCCGCUCGCUGCAGUAUGGCGGCAUGCCCAACUCUGUGCCACAUCCUGGCCAAAUGAGACCAGCCAUACCAGGAACGUUUGGAUCUCUGCGUGGAUCAGAUCCAACAAAACUCUAUGGCUCUCCGCGAGUGCCAGAGCCCCAUCCUGGAGACCCGGUUCAGCAGCACCAGCACUUUGCCAUGCAGCCGGCCGUGGGACUGAAUGAGCACCGUGGGCACAGGCUGGCCACUCCCGAGAAGCAGGUGUGUGCAGGGCCGACCCACAUCACUGGUCUUGGACCCCGUCCCAGCGCCUUGCAGCUGGGGUGCAUGAGUGGACCCCCUCCUGAUGCCGUCUACUCACCAGCACAGUUCCAGCAGGGAUUCCUUCCUCCCAGGCACAACGGGCCUCCAGUGAGGCCACCAGAGGGUUCAGAGAUGCCACCAGGACACAUGUACCGGCCCUACAAGUACCUGAACCGUGGGCACCCUGCCCUGUGGAAUGGCAGCCAUGGAGCCAGUAGCCAGAGUGCAGUGGGGGCAGAGGAGAAGGCACCCAUGGGGCCGGCACCCUCGCUUCAGCCUCGCACCAUCGGCCAUAUGAUGGAGCCCCGGGCCAUACGACCCCCUCUGCCUCCCAGCCAGUGGACUGAGCAAUCAAACUUUCUACCUCAUGGGGUGCCUCCCUCAGGGUAUAUCAGGCCACCUGGGAAAAACACCAGCCAGAGGAUGCCACAGCCACCAGCUGCUCUUUUCGGGGGACUGCCUCAGGUUCAAAAAGGGUGCCAGGGUGGGGACUCCAUGAUGGACAGCCCAGAGAUGAUUGCCAUGCAGCAGCUGUCAUCCCGUGUGUGCCCGCCAGGUGUGCCUUACCACCCUCGCCAGCCGCCCCCACCGCACCUUCCUGGGCCGUUUCCCCAGCUGGCUCAUGCUGCCUCCACUGGCGUGCCACCCCCAAAGCCUGUCAUGGGGAAUGGGAGCUCACAGGAUCAGACCAUGGAGUCGGAGAGCAACCAAGUGGAGCCACUGGCAGGCGUGGAGGAGAAGGCUCAGUGCAUUGGCAUUCCCGACAGGGCCUACGCCAAACUCCUACCUCAUCCCAAGCCUCCCCUGCCCAUGGAGUGUGCCCGGCGCAACUUGCCCCCGGAUGGGGAGGGAGAUGGCUCCGGCCUGAAGAGCGAUUUGAAGGCCAACCAGAGCAAGGGCACGUGGCCGGCCGAGAGCAGCUAUGCUGGCCCAGGUGCCCAGGGGUGCAUGAGGGACCUGGCAUCCACCCCUGAGCGAGGAGGACCCGUGUCUGAGAACGGGGCAGUGGGCGAAGGGACAGCAGAGAGCAAGGGACUGGCUGGAAGCCUGAUGGAGAAGCCCCUCUGCAGCGGGGGGAAGGCUCUGCCCGAAGCGGCUGUGCCUUGCAUGGGGCAGGGCACCAGCCUUCCUGCCAUGGAUGCUGGCACCGUGGGGGCUGCCCCCAACCAGUUCCACCCUCUCUACAUGCCAGGUCUGGAGUACCCAAAUUCAGCUGCUCGCUAUCACAUCAACCCGGGGCUGCAAGGGUUCAGCCCGGUGAUGGGCGGGAAGCCUCCCCCAGUGUCCCAUCCACAGCAUUUUCCUGCACGGGGCUUCCAGCCAAGCAAUGCCCACCCCGGGGUCUUCCCUCGCUAUCGACCGCACCAGGGCAUGCCCUACCCCUACCAGCCCCAGCCUCAACCUUCCUACCACCACUACCAGCGGCCACCAUACUACACCUGUCCGCAGGGCUACUCGGACUGGCAGAGGCCUCUCCACCCCCAGGCCAGCCCUAGCGGCCACCCGCCGCUGGCCAGACCCCCUUUCUCUGAGCGGGGGAAUGUGAGCAGCUUGCAGGGCUGCGAGGCGCUAAGUGCUGCCCUGGCUUCUCCCAGCCGCAUGGACGUAGCGAGUGCCAAAGAGGUUUCUCCAAGCGAUGGGCGGGAUCUGGGGCCUGAAGAUGAGAAGUCUGAGGAAUCCCAGGAGCGGCCAGAGAGUCCCAAAGAGUUCCUAGAUCUGGACAACCACAAUGCGGCCACGAAGAGGCAAAGUUCAGUGGCAGCAGGAGAGUUUCUUUACGGAGCUCCCUCACCUCACCUGGGUUCAGGAAUGGGAUUUGGGCCAUCAGCUUUCCCUCCCCACGGGGUGAUGCUACAGACUGGCUCUCCCUACGCAUCCCGGCAUCCAGCCAGUCAUUUCCAGCCCAGGACGUAUGGAUCACCCAUGAAUGCCCACCUGUCUCAUCAUCCAGCCCCUGGCCAGGCUAACGGCCUCUCUCAGGAGGGACCCCUGUACCGCUGCCGGGAGGAGAACAUAGGUCACUUUCAGGCCUUGCUGAUGGAGCAGAGAGGCAGUGGAGGUGGCAUGGGGGGGCCACCUCAGGACUUGUAUAGACCAUCAGGAAUGCAAAUGCAUCAGGCUCCUUUCCCGAAGAUGCCUCCAGCAACCAUGUCUCGAGAAGAUCUGAUGCCACAAAAAUCAUCAGCGUUGCCUCUGGAUCAAAGCUAGUCUGAGGAAGGAAGGACCUCCCGAAGAUGAAAGCCACACGUAAUUUGGACAAAGGGGAGGAGGGGCAGGUCUUCCUCCCGCCCUCCCCUCACCCAAGCAGCAUGUAGCUUCCCGGGUCCAUGGAUCACAGCAUCCCGACGGUGUUUGUGCUGGAAUCCCGGAGUGGUGCUGGGCCCCAGCCAACCGGCCGAGCAGCCGGCUUGCCAGCGCAGGGCGAGCAUCGCCAAACUAGUGGCUUUCUGUGACUGGAGACUGCGUCUCGUUCAGGGUUUGAGGGAUUUUGGGGUGGGGAGGGUGGGGGUGGGGGCUGGAACUUUCAUUGACUGCUAAACUCAGGUAUAUUUUUCAGGGUGGAAGAGGAUGAUGAUGGAAUUUUACUUGUAGUAUUAACGUGUGUGUUUUGGAGCUGGAUCCAGUUUACAGAAAUUAACCUGUUGCCUUUUUAAAUAAAUUUCUGUUGUUGGUGAAUGUAUUGUACAUAAUGGGGGAGGGGGUGGGCCCAGCUUGUAGUGGGCUUAGCACUGGAGGAAUCCGUAACUGUUUACAAUCAUAUCACACUGAAGUCUUUCAGGAUAGGGUGAGGGUCUGGGGGAGCGGGGAGAGGUCAGGGAACGUGUGAUGAGUGACUUGUUGUCCUCUGCAGCUGAGACACCACCCGAUAGUUGUUUGGCUGAAUAUCAGGAAUUGCUCAGGAGCAUAAUGUGUCCUCCUCUUUCUCUUCUCCUCUUCCUCCUUCACUCCCACCCCUGCCUCUGCCCCUCCAGAUCCAGGGCCUGAGUGUGCUUCCAGCUCCUGUCAUCAUGGGGGGAAAAAGGAAACCAGGACCAGGAAUCGAAACCAGCACAGGAUGCUCACAGCGUUGUCCCUUCUGCUAGUGUAGUACCCCUUUCCCUGCCUUUCUCAUAGGAUUAGUUUGUGCUCAUGGAAACUGUACCCUUCCUUAGUUUCUCUGUCUUUUGCUAUAUUCACCUCUGGGCAGCAGCAAAGCAGAAAGUAAGCUGAGAUCCCUGACAUCUCAGUUGUCUGUGGAAGUAAGAGCAUGAGAUUGGUUUGAGGGCACAGUUUGCUAUGGCGUGAGCUGUUUGUUGGCCUGAGGAGUUGGGUUUGGUUACAGCAAGUAGCAGGUGAUUCAGAAAGCACCGAUUUGAAACCCAGAGUUGAUGGAAUGGCUCAGGCAGUGAGAGACAAGAAAGCUCUGUGCUCAAAUGGAGUCUGUUCUCCUCCAUCUUUGAUGCUGUAGAAGCAAGUACCACAGGCCGGUGGCAGCUUCCCUCCAAGUCAAUACACAAUCUGUAGGGACUCUCCACCAGCAGUGGCACUGCACGGAGGGACCCCUGUGCCCCAGUCUUUGGCUGGACACUGAAGUUCAAGUGUAGGUUUGACAAGUAAGUUGCUUAGAAAUCUCAUCUGCAGGCGUGCACCUACAUCUUAGAACUAACAUAGCUGACUGUUUUUGAGAGUUGGAGUAAAAAGCCAGGUAGAGUUGCUACACUGCAAAGCUGGGCAGAAGGAUCUGCUAGAACAGCCCCAGUGCAGGCUGCAGUUGGCAUUGAAGGGACAGCGGUGUGAUUAGAACAUGACAAUGUGCCAGCCAAAUUGUGGUAGCAGGCUGAAAUGCUGGGAGCGUGGAUGUGUGUUCUGCAAACAACCCUUGUCGUACUUCAGCCUGCGUCUUCUGCAUCACAGAUGCUUACCCAAAUACUUGAAGUGCCUUUCAGCUCAUGGUGAGCUUUGUGGAAUAGGAGGUUUUAGAUGCUAUUUUAAAAAGUCAAAGCAUUCUUGAUCUUCAGCUGGAACUGGCACUGAAAACGCAGUUGUAGGGGCAUGGCAUCUGGACGAGUAUCAACCCAAGGUCAGAACAGGAGCAAUAGGGAAGGCCAGGAUUGCUUGUGGUCUCCCUGGAGGAGGGUAAUGCAGAGUGAUGUAUUCAUGUCACUCAAAAAACUGAUGGGAACGCCCUCUUUCUCAUCUUCUGCAGUGCUGUAGAACAGUGAGUUACCAAUUGGACCUUCUUCAGAAGGGAUAUUGGGCAAAUAAUUUUGCAAAGCUUCCUGUAGGUAUUACUUCUUUCAUUACUAUUUUUUCAUGUGGAAGACAUGUUUUGUAAUUACAGAUGUAAGUCACUCUGAAAGUAAUGCCUCCUAUUUAUUUCCUCUCUUUUCCCGUGUGGAGGAAUCCAAUUCUUCACUUGUGCUUCAUUCGCACUUCCAUGUCAGAUGCCAUUCUGUCAGACUGCCCCUUUGCUGCCAUCUGUCACACGGCAACAAUGUGUGGCAGAAUAUUGGUGGGAAGGUGAAUUCAACCUCUACUGCCGUACCGCCAACAUCCAACUUUGGCGUCGUGGGCCAGCAGAAUAAAACAGGAGGCAUUACUUUCAGAGCAUCCCUUGUAGGUGUUGAACAGGGAUUGCAUAAUAGAACAAACACAACGCUGAGCAUGCCAGACUCUCCCAAUGCUCCUGUGGUACAAGUGAUGUGUGGUGCUCAGUCCCAUUCUAAAUGCAGUUGUAUCAUCAUCUGCUGGCACUCUGGGAACUUUUGGCAUUUUCAGAGCCAUAGGGCCCUGGCAACUGAACCAAGUAUUUUGGGAAGAUCGGUAGCUGAGUGUUUGCAGGGAUUUGAGCCACAUCCAGCAGAAGUUUGCAGUCUUUAAAUGCCAUGGUGUGACCAAAGAGUGUGGUGGCAAGCCACGGCACCAGCCUGCAACAAGUACAAAAGAGGAAAGUAAAUUGGAAGUUUCAAGGCCUGGCUGGUUUGAUCUGUGACUUUAAAGUACAUGAAGACACUUUACUUGGAACGGCUUCUAGUUCUUUCUCAUCUGCUGAAUGCAUUUCCCAUGCACAAUUCUGAAGCAAAUCUCCUGUGUGUAUUUUUGUACGUGUGGUUUCUCGGGGUCUUGGAGAAGCUAUCGGCUUCUUGGUGUCUUAUCUGAAAACUCAUCACGGGGGCUGUCUCUCAUUCUGCUGACUGAGGCAGCUUCUCUCUCUUUACAGCAACACGUCUCUAUUUAAAAUGAAAGUAUAGUGAGAGAACGACCCGCAUUUGUCUCCUCCACUGAUGGCUGUCAGCUUUGUGCAUUCCACACCCAGCCAGGGCUAUUGCUCUGCUCUACGUGGCUUUGCUUUGCUUUUCCUUCUUGUGGAGACACCCUAGGCUUCAGUUUUUCGUUGUGGCAUUUUGGAGAAGGUGCUGCAGUGUGUUGAGGGAGAAUUGAUGUCCCAAGGGGUGGAACAACUGUGGGCUCUGCAGCGGUGUGGCUGCUUGGUCCAUGCAUACCUUUGCAGUGCAGGUGUAUUAAGCUGCACGAGGCCUUGCCCAUGUCUGUGGCUGUUGGCUUCCGCUCACAUGCAGUGCCUGAGAGGCUGUGGGUGCUUUGUAGUUUUAAUGCUGAUGGCCUUGUGUCCACUUAGGCUUUAUCUCCUUGCUCUGCAGUGGUGGAGGAGGUUUGGCACAAAUCUUCCUCUUUCUAAAAAGCAGAUGUCAGAGGAGGGUGCAUGCAGGAGAGAGACGGAACUGCAGCCAGCAGCAGAAAGGGGAAGGAGGGACCAAUUAGGGCUAAGGAAUCAUUGGGAUUGUCACCAUCUCCAGCAGGUCUCUCUGUUCAUUGCUUUUGUUUGUUUGGAAACACGUGGCUCGCUGGCAAAAGGGCAGUAAUUGGGAAAUCUGCACCUGAGUAGAAGUUGAACUGACUGGGUGGUUUCCUCAUUGUAGGCAACAUUGGGCCAGGGGCUGCCAGGGACUCUUUGGGAUCUUCCAGUCUUCCAGGGCAGCUGGAAGUCAUGCAACAGCCCCCUCCUGUCCCAAGGCAGCCAGGCAGCUGCAGGAACCAGGGCGUGGGCUUUUCCUUUGGUCCCCCUUUGUGCCAUGCACCAAUGCUUCUCCUCUCCUUGCUGCCCAGUUUUCAUGCUCCUUCCCUCUGUGCUUCACCAUGGCUGUCAGAGGCAGAAACGUGAGCUCACUGUCCGCGGUGGGGCAGAAGGUUCAGCUCCCCACCUGUCUCUGCAUACAAGUACAGAAAGCAGGCAGGCAGCGCACAUCACCCUCCCUGCGACAUCAAGGUGUCCUCAGCAUCUGGCAGUGUCCUCCUACCUGCUGGGCUCACUGCAUGGCACCUGGGUGCCACUGCAGAGUGGGACCUGCUGAGUCUACCUCCGUGGUAGCUUUGGUUAACAAAAAACCUGUUACCUCUAUUCCUUGCAAGCUCAGUGAGUGCUGCUGCUUGAUUUCCUCGAGUGAUAACAGCGUGCAGCAGUGCAGCUCCAACCUUCCCAUGUCACGGCAGGGAGGGGAUGGCUCCAAAUCACACCGCGGGCUCCAGGAUGUGGUUGGGAAGUGAGGUGCUUCCUGCAGCCCUCACUGCCACAUGGCUGCUUUCCCAGUGACCAACGGGUCCGUUUAGUUCAGGAAAGGAACAAUUGGAGCUGAGCCUGGAUUCAGGGCUGGCAGCAGGGGUGCCUGUCACUGGCAUACCCUGACUUCAUGCCUCUGGGCCACGGGAGCAUCCCGAGCUGUCUGUCUUGGCACUGGGAGUGGGAGAGCCAAUUUCACUGCAUCCAUUUUCUGCAGUUGGGCGAUGUUGGGUGGGGUUGGUUUGCUUUGUCGUUUGGGUUGGGUUUUUUGGUUUGUUUUUUUUUUUAUUUUUUCUUUUUGUAUUAUUGUAAGUUUGUAAAGAAUGUAAUCUGUCUGUCGGGGGCAUAAGGAGGACACGGGGGCCGUUCUCUUUCUGGGUGAGACAGUUUGAGAGUUGCUGUGUGUUUUGGUGCUGGGUGGGGAGGGGCCCAGCAGCCAUGGGGGCAAAACCUGGCCCCAUCAACCCAUCACGACCAUCAUGGGGCAGCAGCCUUCCAACCUGAGUGUAGAAACCCUGCUCUCAUCCCCAGACGGGGUGAUCUGCACAGGAGGGCUGAAACCAGCAGCCUGAAUUUCUCAGUGUAAGAACAAACUUGAGUCGCAGCUGCCACCCCACACCGGCCCUCGUGCCCGCCUCCCUCCCCAUCCCAUAGAGCACAGUGUCAGGGAUCCUCCUCUCUCUCCUGCUGCUGCAAGGUCGUGUGAACUCUCCUGGUCAAUACUGGAAAGGGGAAUGCUAUUUAUUUUUAUAUUGUGUAUAUUUUGUCUUGGUCUGCUGAUUACCUUUGUUCCCCAGAGCGACAGUUACCUCAAUAGUUAGUUUAAUACUGUGUGUUGGGUAAUUUUUUUAAAGAACUUUUUUAAAAGCUUGAUCCUCGGAGGUCUGUAGAUUUUAUUUCCAUAUGAAUUGGUUAUUUUGUAUAAAGUACGUUCUUAAAAUAGCAA